CCGAUCACCAUGUCACAUGUGACACAUUUGACGGCGCGGUUUGUAAGGGACAAGAUGAGGCGAUUGUGACUACUGUUGGCAUCACAGUCGCACUAAAAUUCGCUUCAAGGACUUUACGAAUUCGCGCAAGGAACCGCUAAGCCGUGGCUCCUAAGUUUGGCGCUCCGAAGCGCCUAUACUCAGCCUGGUUUAGGCUUUGAUCACCGGACGUAAUUCGCUUGGAUUUACAGACCGAUAAUUUAUUUAAUUCUGAAGUGGUCCGAAUUGAAUCUGUUUACUAAGUCCCAGCCGAUCUUGAUGUUAUUACCACACUAAAGAUGGCUGAUUCGACGACGUCUAAACUUCCCUGCUCUCAAUUCGGCUGCUCGUAUCCAUCUCAGUUGAUGUUACACGGAGCUGGCAAUUCGUGUUGUGAUUCGGUACGCCAGGUCCACGACGGUAUGCCUGGUCAUUCUGUCUGCCCGUGCCAAUUCGACAGGGUCUUACAGCAUCGUGUGGCAUCAGUUCCUGUUAGUGUUCUACCGAGACCUGCGUUCGGGGAGGCAGGGUUUUCCUUGGGCAGCGGGACGGGAUUGUCAGCAUUUUACUCGCCAUUGGCACGAGCGUGUGACAUGAAGGAUUCGACUCAGCCUUGGAGGGACUCUUGGUAUCUAUCACAGGCCUCUCGCGCGCCGUUUGAGCUACACGGUUUCGAUCCUCACACUCACCCGGCCUGUACGAGAUUUGCAGAAAGAUUUUCUCCUAUCGAUCUCGCGGCUGCGGGCGCGCGGCGCAAAAAUGCGACCAGAGAAACGACAAGCACACUAAAAGCGUGGCUCUUCGAACACAGAAAGAACCCUUACCCGACAAAGGGAGAAAAAAUAAUGCUGGCGAUAUUGACAAAGAUGACACUGACGCAAGUUUCGACAUGGUUUGCCAACGCCAGACGCAGACUGAAGAAAGAAAAUAAAAUGACUUGGUCGCCGAGAAAUAGAUGUGGCGAAAAGAAAGACGGGGUGGAUGGUAGCGACAUCGAUGACGAUGGAGAUCUAGAUAUUACCAGUGACGACGAGGAAAAGCCCUCUGAAAAUCACGAUGAGAAAGUUCAUAUUCAAGAGAACGAGACAGAGAACAAUGAAAAGAUAAGUGUAAUCGAUGAAGCAGAGGAUAAAAAAGAAUCCGACUCGACGCGGGACAGAGAAAGCCCUCCGCGAGAGGAUACCAAACGUCCCAACAUAAUCACAUCUUUAGUAGAUACGACAAAUCAAACGCAUUCUCUGCCCAAAUCUAUUCCUUCAGCCAUCCUCAUCUCUACAGCUCAAAACCAUGUCCUGGAUUCCCCAGUGAAAAGCUUAAGAAAGUGGGUAGAUGGAUGCUUUUACACAGCACCCGUGGCCAGCUACAUGGAAUCGAGUGGAGUGGCCGGUAAACCACUUCCAUCUACACCAAAGCAAAGAACUUCAACAGAAAUUCCAGUUAUCACUUCAGCUCCAAGCUCACAAAGUGCCGAAAAGCCUGAAAGAAGAACUAGCGGUGAAAGCAAAGAGACACGACCGCGUAGUCCUGUUGAAAAAGUAAAAGAAGAGGAACCGGCAAAAGCGUCCUUCAGACCUCCCGAGCCAAGGAGUUCAGAGGCUACCGACUACCGAGAGUUCGACGCAGCGUUGGCUUUGACGACGCUUUCUUCGCGAUAGAGAAUCGCGCUGGAAACCGAAUGCUAUGCCAGAAGAAAACAAUAAAAGAGACAAAGAAGCUUUAGAGAGCUGGGCUUUCUUAGGUGUUCAAAAUUAAGAAAAUAGUUUAGUGUACAGAGUGAUUUUAUUUGUUAUAGUGGGUUUAACUCACGGAUUCGAAAAUUGUAAAAACACGAAUUGUUAAACUGUAUCGAGUGCUCUUAUGGUAUCAAAUACCAUUUCGAUUUAGAGAAUUAGGUUUGUGAAUUAAAGUAAGUGUUUGUUUUCUUCAGUCAAGGCUAUGAAGUUUUUUUUUUUUUUUUAUUUUGACAAGGUCGGGAAACUUUAGAAGAUUCCUUAUCGCCGAAAACCUGAUUGCGUUGACGUGAAAUUGUUCCAUUUGAACAAUAAUAAUUGUAUUAGUCGCGCUUUUUAGCGAGCAAAUGUUGUAAGAAGCGUUUGUAAAAAAAGAUUUUGCCACGGAAAAUGCACCAGAAGUCUUAAUUGAGAGUUGUUAUUUGUAGAUAGAAGGAACGUAAUUUUGAAAUAAAAACAGCUUGAAUAAA